AUGUGUUGGAAAUUCGAAUCAGUGAUUUUGCAAAUGAGAAAAGAGAUGUUUAUGAAUACGGCUGAGAAUUUCUGGGAUGAUGUUGCUGUGAGUUACUAAAUAUUUUUGGGCUCCAAGAUUUUUGAUCCUAAAUAUUUUCAGUCGAAUUUCGGACCAGCAGCACUUUCAUCAAAAUAUAUUGGAUAUAAAAUGAUACGUAAUAUUCGAAAAUCAAAAAACGCCUUCAAGAUUUUCACCGACUUUUUCAAGGAUUUCAAGGGUAUUUAUAGAAAUUUCGGAGAAACUUUGAAAAAUUAUGAUAAUGUUGAAACAGCUGUAAACGAUAUGAUGAAAAUGGGAGAAAAGUUGGGAUUCGAUUACGAUUUUUUCGCGAAUUUCCAAGAUUUUCUGCCAAUUUUGGGAACUUCAAAAAUGACCGAUAAACUUGUUUCGCAACAAAAUAUCAGAGAGCUGUUAAAAAAUUGUCCGAAUCUUUGGUGGAUUCGUAGAAAGAGAACUAGCGAAAAUAUGAGGAGAAUAUUGAUUGUUGCAAUUUUGAAAUUGAUGUUUCUUGCUGUUAUUGGGACUGUUAAGUGAGUUUUUCCAAAUUCAAAAUUCGCCAAUAAUUGUUCAUUUUUUAGAAGUGUUGUUGAUUAUGAAAUUGAUACGAGAACUGGAAUAUUCAUUGGAUUUUAUGUCAAGUCGACUGGACAAUGGAAUGAAUUUCAUCCUGACACAGAAAUCGAAGGAGAUAUCCCACCGCACGAUGAACAUCCAAUCAAACAAGCUGCUGAAACCGCUGAAAAUCUGGGAAUCAUCAAAAAUUAUGUGUCUAGCGGAAGAAAUGAGCGGAAAAUUGUGGAUCCAGAACAUCCCAAUCACAUUUAUUUUAUUGAUGAUUAUGAUGAUGAUCAAGAGGAAAUUAAGAUGGAAAAUCCAACGGAACAUGGAGAAUUUUUGGAUGUUCAGCAUCCGAAUCAAAUGAUUUUCAUGGAUGAAGAAGAUGGUGAUGAUAAUAUGAUGGAAAAUGGAUCAGGAACAGCGAAUCAAGAAAUUCCACGUGAACAUUUUCAACCAGAAGAAACUUCUGAAAUUCAUCGCAUUGUUUUUAUGGAUGAAGUUAUUAAAGUUGAAGAAGAUGUUGAAGUUCCAGUUGAAAAUGUUCAAUCAGAAGAUCUUGAAGAGACUACAGAAAGUGUUCCAGUCAGUUUUUCCGCAAAAUUUUUCCCCCAAAAAUGAUAUUGAAUUUUUCAGAACAGCCUUGAAUUCCAAUUUGAAGAAUUUGAAGAUCUUGUUAAAAAUUCGACUGAAAUUCCGAAAGAAUGGAUUUACACGGCGAAAGAAUUUUCGAAAAUUAAUCGAGAAGAAAUCGAGAAAAUGGGAAAGUUGGACGAAUUGUUUUAA